AUGAUUGGUCAUAAUGCAAACUCUACGCCGUCCGACAACCUUCUCGAGACCAGCCUUCGGAAUCCACCACCACGAUCAGUAUAUAAUUCCGGCAGUGGAGAGUUCAACUGGUUGUCAGCUAUGCUACCGAAGAUCGAAAUAACGCCCUAUAACGGGGAUCCGAGAGCGUGGCACUCCUUUUCAAGAUCCUUUAAAGAGCUCGUUCACGAAGUUUUGCCAUCUAAUGCCCAGCGAAUUGUAGCACUAAGGAAUAUGCUGACACCGGACGUUCGGCAAGGAUUCGAGGCGAUGCUGAGAAACGCAAACAGCUACGACAGAGUCUUCGAAGAGCUGCACAGGAGAUACGGAGAAUCGUACCUAAUUGAGCGAGCCUACCUGCACAGACUACAACGCAUUAGAAACUGCAGGGUCUUCGACGGCCAGGCACUGCGCGAUUUAGCUGCCCAGCGUGGAGGAAGUUUCGGUGGACGUGGUCCUCAAGACUUUGGCCCACCUGAAUUUGUGAAAGAAUUGGGUUAUUUUACUCAUCCCUGCCAGGACGAUCUAAUCUGCAGAUGUACACUUGACGAUAUUCCAUACUUCAAUGCUCCAAUUUAUUUGGAAAACAAGCAGCAGAUUGGCAAAGUUGAUGAAAUUUUUGGUUCCAUUAAAGAGUAUUCAGUUUCAGUGAAACUUAGUGAAGAUGUUAAAGCUAAAUCAUUUACACCCAAUCAAAAGAUUUACAUUGAUCCUGCAAAGCUACUGCCAUUGGGCCGAUUUUUACCUCAACCAGGAGGAGCUGGUCGCGUAGCCAAACGCGGGGGAGGUCGAGGUGGUGCCGGUGGUAGAGGAGGUUUUGGCAGAGGAGGAGGUGGUGGAUUUGGUCGUGGAGGUGGAGAUCGCGGAGGAAGAGGAGGAUUUGGUGGCAGGGGCGGAGGUGACCGUGGAAGAGGAGGAUUUGGAGGACGAGGAGGUGGGGGAGGAUUUGGAGGACGAGGUGGAAGUGGCGGAUUUGGAUAUAAAUUUCAGAAGUAG